AUGCACAUUAGACGAAGAUCUGCGAAAGAACUGAAAAUUAUAGACAUCAACUCAGACCCAAUUUUGGGCGCUUUUAGGCAUGUGAAAUCAAGGAGUAACUUAGAAAAUGAUAUAACGAAAUAUGUGUACACUAAGCAGACUUUUAAAAGGAGGGAUUUUUCACUUGUUAAAUAUGAUGAAAUUCAAAACAAAAGUUUUUUAAGUAUAAAAACUACACUAGAUAUCAAGCCUGCAAGUAUCAGGCAUGCCCUAGAGAAAAUACAGAAGCCUGAGUCUAUUUCACAAUAUCGAAGGAUGCCUUCAAGAAAUAAAAUAGUCAUCAGGGUACCAUUGGCAAAGCUUCUGCCAAGGUCGAAAUCUCAAAUUAAUUGGAUAAAAUGCAUAAACCAACCGUUUGUGAGUGACGGAAAUCGCAGCCUGCCAUAUAGAGAUGGCGAUCUUUAUCUGAAGCGGAAUUUCAGAUCUUUUGGAUGGAAUAUCCAAAACCAAAUAGCUGCAAGUUAA